CGGGGAGAGUUAGCGAGAGAAGGGCUCUGUAAAAAGAAUGACUGUAUAGUACAAAGCCUUGCAAUAUAUCCUUCCCACACCGGUGGGGCAGGAAGGAGGGCGUGAGGGAGGAGACGACCCAGGCGCCCAUGUGGGAGGAUCAGUGAGAUAUACUCCAUAGAAGAGCUAGGAGCCGUAGAAGAAGAGCGGUAAGAGUAAGAGAGGAGCGGCACAAGCAGAGGAGCAGCUAGCCAUUCUUAAAUGCAGUAGGGAAGCAGUGGCUUCUCCUGCAACGGCACAAGAACCACUACCACCAUCACUGCUUCCUCACUCCUCCACUCCACUAGCCACUGCUGCUCCUCCCCCUCUUCCUCCAUCAGUUUAUCUCUCUCUCUCUCUCUCUCUGAACUUGCUAACAGUGCUCCGCAGACAGAAUGACUAAAGAUGAGGAGUUCAAGCUGGUCAAGAUCCAGAACCAUCUGCUGAGGGUGAACAUACACUGUGAUGGGUGCAAGCACAAGGUGAAGAAGCUGCUUCAGAAGAUUGAAGGCGUGUACUCGGUGGCCAUAGAUGUGGACAACCAUAAAGUCUCGGUGACUGGCGAUGUGGACGCUGAUACCUUGAUCAGGAAGCUCACCAGAGGAGGCAAGCAUGCAGAGCUGUGGUCACAGCAGCAGAAGGGCGGCGGCAACCAGGGCCACAAGGGCAAUAACCAGCAAAAGCAGCAGCAGCAACAGCAGCAGCAGCAACAGCAGCAGAAGCAAGGUGCCAAUCCAGGCAAGGAUGGCAGCAACAAGAACAACGGCGGCCAAAAGGACCAGGGCAAGCAAGGAGGAGUUGGAAGCCUCAUGCAGGGCCUUAAGGCCUUCAAGAGCCAGAACAACAAUAAGCACCAGCUCCCUGAGCUCAGCUCAGAAGAUGAUGAUAUGUAUGAUGACGAUGACGACGAGUUUGACGAUGACUACGAGGAGGAGCUCCGCUUCCUUGGGGACAAGAUGAGCCAGUUGGGAUUCCACAGCAAUAACCAUCAGAAUAACCACCACCAGAACCAGAACAAGAACGGCAACAAUGCCAAUGUCAACAAUAACCACAACAACGCCAAUGGCAAGAAAGGUAAUGGUGGUGGCAGCUUACCCAAUCACCACCAGAACCAGAAGAAUGCGAAUGUAAUGAAUAUGGCUGCAGCAAAUGCCAAGAUGGGUGGUGGUGUCCAGAACCAGAAGAAUGCGAAUGUGAUCAACAUGGCACCAGUGAAUGCCAAGAUGGGCAAUGGUGCCAUCAAUGGCAUGUUGGGCCUGAGCCAUGGCCUGGGAGCGGGCAAUGCCGCUCCUGGCUUCCAAGGCUACACAGGCUUCAACCACCCAUCGUACGCUGCCGCCGGCUAUGGAGGGCUUCAACAACAGCAUCUCCAGCAGCAGCAGAACAACAACCUCAUGUCAAGCAUGCAGGGGUACCAUCAUCACCCUGUGGCAACGGCGGCGAUGAUGAACAAUUUGAGGGGGCUGAACAGCAACAUGAUGAUGAUGCAUCAGCCCCAGCAGCAGCCGCAGAUGAUGUACCACUCGUCUCCCCAGAUCAGCCCUUACACUGGCUACUACAACCCUUACAAUUAUUACUACCAUCCGGGCAGCGCUGGUUACCCUCGGGCGAGCAAUGGGGAUGUGGAGACCAUGUUUAGUGAUGAGAACACCAAGGGUUGUGUUGUCAUGUAGGGAUGUCGCAACAAUGUUAAAAUCUAGUGGUGAUGAAGCAUGGUAAUGGUGAUGCAGUCCUGCUACCGUUUUUCUUUUUCUUUUUCUUUUUGCCUUUCAUUAUUUUACUGCUCUUAUGGUUUCCCCUGUAUCAAGAAUGAAUCAUGGUGUUGACUUAGAUGUGUUGUAGGGGCACUUAGGGUGAUCAAACAGUGUAAUGUGAUACCUUUUACUGCCUAGUGCUUUGCCCUGACUGGCUUGUUGUAAUUUGUAUAUUGUA